AUGGGGUUUUCGAAGAAGCAUCAAGUGGAGGGGGGCAAGGAAUCGGAGGGCAAGAAAUGGGUUAUCGCCGGAAUCGCUAUCCGGGUUCCUCUGAAACCGAUAUCAACAAAGCCGCCGCCGGCGAGUGAAGAGUCGGAGGAGAAUGAAUGCUCGACGACUCCGACGGCCAGGGAUUCACGGAUACCGGAGAAGCUUCCUUGCCCGCCGGCCCCCAGAAAACGCCGGCCGGCAAGCUCAACCUGUCAUUUCAACGGCGCCCGGGAUUUCUUUAUUCCGCCGGACCUCGAAUCGGUAUUCAUACGCCAUGUGGAGAGAGCAAAUUAA